AUGUUUCAAGUAGUCUUUAUUGCAUCAAUAAUCAAUGCCUUAGCAAAUCAUGGUUGUGUCUGUGUGAAAAUUAUUGGGGGACGUGAUGUUAAACGUGGUUCUGGUUCUUUCAUGGCAUCCAUCCAAUGUGCAGAUGAACAUGUUUGUGGAGGAACUUUAAUCCAUGCCCAGUGGGUCUUGACUUCAGCAAACUGUGCACUUUGUUAUUUUCAAAAGAUAAAAACCACAGUUGUUCUUGGGACCCACUCCUUGAAAGACAAAAAGCAAGCACAAACAUUGAACGUGAUCUUUGCAAAACCACACCCUGCGUACAGCAAAAACACAGAACAGAACAACUUGGCGCUACUCAAGUUGGAUCAAGCUGCAAAACUGAAUAAGUUUGUAAGGACCCUCUCACUGCCAAGAUCAACAAAAGAUAUUAAAUAUGGAACAAAAUGCGACGUUCUAGGAUGGGGACAAACAGAUGUUGAUGAUGACAAUUCAUCUGACACUUUGAAAGAAAUUAAUCUAACUGUCAUAAAGCGGCAACUCUGCAACAGUAAAAUCUACUACAACCUUAAUCCAGUCAUAACAGAUGAUAUGUUAUGUGCUGGUGAUGAAAAGGGGAGGGCUAAAAUGUGCAGGGGUGAUGCAGGCGGACCGUUGAUAUGUAAAACUCUGAUAAAACAGUUUGCUGGUAUUGCUGCCUUUGAAAAGGAUUGCGAAGCCGUGAAUAAACCUGGAAUUUAUAUGCGUUUAUCGAAGAAUUACGUCAAGUGGAUAAAGGAAACCAUAAAAAGGCAAAUGGGCAACAACCACGUUGGAGUAAAUUGAAAAGAAAUGAUUUGGUUAAAAAAAGUAAGCGUGUGUACUUUAAGUAAUGAUUUUGAAAAUAGAACAUAAACAAUUGGGCAGUUACACAUGUCAAAA